AUGAACAAUCAUCAACAAGUAGCACCACUUCAACAACAAAAAAAAGAAAGAAAAAUACAAAUGCAACGAAAAAUGAAAGAUCCAAUCAUAAAUAUGGAAUAUGAACGAACCACCAUGGCUUUGCUUCCAUGGUUCAAUAAACUCUGUGAAUCUUAUUUAUCAUUAGAGCACCACCACCAUGGUAAAUUCUCAACCAAAGGUCAUUACUACAUUUCAAUUGAUCAGCACAGUCAAGUCUCUACCUCCUAUAACCACAUCGUUCAAGAAGAAAUCAUUAUUUUUAAAAAUCAUAUUAAUAAACAAUAUAGAAAAAAAAAAAGAUAA